AUGGGAGAAGUUAUUGAUGCCAUUCAGCGGUUGUUUCGCUGUUGUGGUGAUACUGGCAAAGAAAACUAUUAUGCUGAAGUUCUUCCAUCAUCUUGCUGUUGGAAUGAAAAUUGUAGUUCGGGAAUUGUUUACGAUGGAUGUAACACUAAAGUUCCUGAAAUGGUGGUUGACCUCGGGUGGCCGAUUUUUGGAAUUCAAAACCUAUGUUUUAUUGCAAUUGCUGCUAUUGCUGGAGUUAUCAAGUUACUUGGGGGCAUACUUGCAUUGAUCAUCUUACAUUGUGACAAGAAAAAUAGAGAGUAG